GUCACCAUAAGUGUUUCCCUGUGAGUAAGGCAUCUCAAGCUCCUUCAAAGUCAAAUAGUUGAUCAGAUUACAACUUCUCUCAUAUUACCCUCUAUAUAUAUUCAAAUUAAAACAAUGCUCUAUGCAAUUAUCAUGGCUGCACAGCAACUUUUACAAUGCAAGUUGAAGUCUAAAGCCUCUGACCCCUUCCAACAAAGGCGUAGCGCGAAUUAUAGGCCCAACAUCUGGAGCCAUGAAUUCCUGCAAUCUCUUUCCAACAAUUACGAUGAAGAGCAGUACAGAAGCCAGUUUGGGGAGCUAAAAGAGCAUGUUAAGAGAUUGUUUAUUGAUGCAGAUGACUUAUUGUCUAAGUUAGAGCUUAUUGACAGCAUAAAAAAGCUUGGUUUAGCCAACCACUUCAGAGAGGAAAUAAAGGAAGCCCUUGACAACAUAGCAUCAAAAAAUCAAAGCACCGAAGCUGAUCUCUACGCUACUGCACUGCGCUUCAAGGUCCUCAGGCAGAAUGGUUAUGAAGUUUUUCAAGAUGUAUUUAGUGUAUUUGUGGAUGAAGAGGGUGCUUUUGGGGGUAAAAUAAGCUGUGAUGAUGAUACAAAAGGAAUAAUUGAGCUAUUUGAGGCCUCACAUCUAGCACUGGAAGCUGAUAACAUACUUGAUGAGGCUAAGGCUUUCUCUACCGGAAUCCUUGAAACCAGAAGUUGUAGGACAGAAAGUAGCAUUAACAAGCAAAUUGUACAUACUUUGGAGCUUCCAUAUCACUGGAGGGUGCAGUGGUUUGAUGUCAAAUGGUACAUUGAUGGACAUGAUCACCAGAUAGAAAAGGACAGUUUACUUGAAUUGGCAAAAUUGAACUUCAAUGUGGUCCAGAACACCCUCCAAAAAGACUUGAGAGAGCUCUCUGGAUGGUGGAAAAAUCUGGGUCUGAUUGAGAACUUGAGCUUUGCCAGAAACCGACUGGUCGAAUGCUUCAUGUGCACUGCAGCAUUUGCUUAUGAGCCUCAUUACAACAAUCUUAGGAAAUGGCUUACUAAAGUACUAAUCAUGAUCGCGAUCAUCGAUGAUGUUUACGACGUUUAUGGUUCACUCGAAGAAUUGCAUCAUUUCACCAUUGCCGUUGAUAGGUGGAAUUCAAGCAAAAUUCAACAGCUUCCAGAAUGUAUGAAGUUGUGUUUCCAAGCACUCAUUGGUAUCACUAAUGAAGUUGCAAGAGAAAUGCAAACAGAGAACAAUUGGAGCCACCAAGUGCUACCUCACUUAAAGAAAGUGUGGGCAGAUUUCUGUAAAGCACUAUUUGUGGAAGCAAAGUGGCACAAAACAGGACAUAUGCCUAGCUUGAAAGAGUACAUGAAUAAUGCCUGGAUCACCUCAUCAGGCAGUUUGAUAACUGUUCAUCUACUUUUCUCCACUCUACAUGAAGCCACAAAGGAAAUUCUGGAAACCAACGAAGACCUUGUAUAUAAUUUGUCCAUCGUAAUCCGACUCUGCAAUGAUCUCGGAACUUCAGCGGCGGAACUACAGAGGGGCGACGCUCCGUCCUCGAUUUUGUAUUACAGGAGAGAAAACAAUGUCCCGGAGGCGAUUGCUAGGGAACACAUUAAAGGCUUGAUAAACGAGACAAUGAAGAAAAUGAAUGCAGAGUGUUUUGGACAAUCAGCAUUAGAGUUGCAGCCAUGCACAAACAUCAUUAUGAAUGUUGCUCGCAUGGUGCACAACCUUUAUCUUCAUGGAGAUGGAUUCGGUGUUCAAGACGGCGAGACGAGAAGACAGAUAGCUUCUGUGCUAGUUGAACCUUUUUCACUAGUAUGAACUAUGAAGUCUUGUUCGUUAAAUUUCUUAGUAUAGAUGAAAAUGAUGAUCUGUUUUGGUUUAAUUUGAUGGAGGUUAACCUUUUGAGUACACUGUUUGUGGUAGAUUUACAAAAGGAGAUUUGCCAACUUUUCAGAAUGUCUAGUUAAGCUUGUUCCCAUUGAUAUCUAUAUUUAAUCACUCCG